AUGAAGCAGCAAGGAACCUCAGAAGAAUUUAGAAGACUGGUCGGAAAGUUGAACAAACACAUGAAAAGAGCAAUCGAGAAGAAAAGCUACAAUUUGGAAGUGAACAGAAUAUGCAGGUACAUUAGAACAUUCUUCGAUCACAAAGACAAUUUAGAGUACACAGAAAGUCUUAGACAACAAUUUAUUAGAUUGAUCGCAGAGUGCAAAGGCAAGAAAAAACCAAAACUCCUCAAGAUUAUUGUUAAAGUAUUGCAAGGACUAUUCACUGCCGCAAGCAAUCAACGAAUUCUUGAAAUAUUUAUUAGAAGUUUCAGAUCACAACACUUUUACGAUAGAAUGACGGAUGUCAUUUCAACCAUUAGCUUUAAAUAUCUUACUAAAUUUCAAGUUCAAAUUAGAGAAUUGAUUGCUGUAGUAGAUAAAAUUAGUUUAGCUUUUGAUCUGCAAGAUUGUAAGCAAGCAGAUUGCCACAAUAAUGAUGCAACACAUCUUGCAGAAGUUAUCCCCAUUCAACAUUCAAUUUCCAUUCAACCACCACCUCCAUUGAUUCAACAAAAGAUUCAAGCCAAUAAUGAUAGUGUCCAAAUUUACGAAAAUCCACCAAUCAUUUAA